AUGGGCUUCAGCUGGCUGCCAGUGCUGCUCGGUCUUUUGAUGCUCAAAGGCAUAACGUGUGCACGCCUGCUUAAGUUCACCAAUGUGAAGUGUGCGGACUUGCCCACUACGGCGGGUUCGACCAAAUACGAAUAUUGUCGCUUGAAGGUGAUACGGCGUAACGUUGUGGAGCUUUCGCUCAAGGUCAGCUUACUGCAGUUGCCGGUGACCAAUCUGACGGCGCGUAUUCAGUGCUUUCAACGCAGCGUUGGUUAUCGCCCCUUUUUGUACAACGUGUACUUUGAUUUUUGCAAACUUAUGUCUGCCAAACGAUAUCACAUCUCCUUUGAAAAAUUCGUCUUUGAUACGAUACGCAAGCACAGCAAUUUUAAUCACUCCUGCCCCUGGACGGAGAACUACAUGAUGGUGGACAAGUAUGCCUUGGACUUUAGCAGAGUCGAUAUGCCAGUGCCCGAUGGUGUUUAUCGUUUAGAUUUCACCUUUUUCAUACACGGCAUUGCGCGCACAUUGACGCAAGUCUUCUUCGAGAAGAUCGAGUGAGAUGCUCUUUUAACCAGUUGGCAACUAACUGGAAUUUUCAAGUGCAUUCUAAGCAUUCCAUGUGGGUACACUAGUACUACACUACGCCCAAUGCCAUGCCCACACACACACAUUCAUCUCAGCUUUGUUUUUAUAUAUUCGUUAAUAAUUGUCUGGACAAGUUAAAGCCAAUCAAGUCAAUAAACAAU